AUGAACCCCCGAAACCUCUUCCAGGACUUCAACCCGAGUAAGUUCCUCAUUUACACCUGUCUGCUGCUCUUCUCAGUGUUGCUACCCCUCCGCUUGGACGGCGUCAUCCACUGGAGCUACUGGGCAGUCUUCGCGCCCAUCUGGCUGUGGAAGCUCAUGGUCAUCGCGGGAGCCUCAGUGGGCGCCGGCGUUUGGGCUCGGAACCCUCGCUACCGCACAGAAGGAGAGGCUUGUGUGGAGUUCAAAGCCAUGCUGAUAUCCGUGGGCAUCCACCUGCUGCUGCUGAUGUUCGAAGCCCUGGUGUGCGACCGGGUGGAGAGGGGCACGCACUUCUGGUUACUGGUCUUCAUGCCGCUGUUCUUCGUGUCUCCCGUGUCAGUGGCCGCUUGUGUCUGGGGUUUCCGACAUGAUCGGUCUCUGGAGCUGGAGAUCCUGUGCUCUGUCAACAUCCUACAGUUCAUCUUCAUUGCCCUGCGGCUGGACAAAAUUAUCCACUGGCCGUGGCGGGUGGUGUUUGUGCCCCUGUGGGUCCUUAUGUCUUUUCUCUGCCUAGUUGUCCUUUAUUACGUCGUCUGGUCACUCUUGUUUCUCAGGUCCCUGGAUGUGGCUGCUGAGCAGAGAAGAACACACGUGACCAUGGCUGUGAGCUGGAUAACAAUCAUUGUGCCCCUUCUCACUUUUGAGGUCCUGCUGGCUCACAGAGUGGACAGUCACAAUACAUUUUCUUAUAUAUCCAUAUUUGUCCCCCUUUGGCUUUCACUGAUAACUUUAAUGGCCACAACCUUUAGGCGAAAGGGGGCCAAUCAUUGGUGGUUUGGUAUUCGCAGAGAUUUCUGUCAGUUUCUCCUUGAAAUUUUCCCGCUUUUAAGAGAAUAUGGGAACAUUUCAUAUGAUCUGCAUCAUGAAGGUAGUGAAGAUGCUGAAGAAACAUCCAUUCCAGAAAUCUCUAAGAUGCCCCCAAUGUUUGGGAAGAAGGCCAGGGUGGUUAUAACCCAGAGCCCUGGAAAAUGUGUUCCCCCACCUCCCAAGUUAAAUAUUGAUAUGCCAGAUUGA